AUGCCCCAACAAGGCUGUUCACACCUCGCGUGUAUGACGUUGCAAUCGAAGAGUCCUGUGGGUUCGCAGUUUAGCACAACCACAAACAGCUACCUCAUGGCCAAGCUUCAUCGCCAGGAGGUCCAUGUCUUAACUCCGUAUAUACCCGACACUUUGGCAACAGCUGUGGUGCAGGUAUUUUUGGCCCAGCCUCCCAACAGCUGGAGCAAGAAAUGCUGUGGUGUGGCAUGCUUUGUCAAGGACAACAGCGUACGCUCAUACUUCAUCAGAGUCUACGAUAUUGUGAACGGAAUGAAGCUUUGGGAACAGGAAUUGUACCACCGGUUCAAGUACAUUGUCGCAGAUGACCAGCCUUUCUUCCACACUUUUAAAACAGACACAUGUUGGGCCGCCCUCGACUUCGCCGAUGAUGCUGAAGCCGGUGAUUUUGGCACUGCCAUCGAAGCUAUGUUAAGGGCCAAGAUACCGCGUAAACAGGGUAAAGAAGUUAACAUCCAGCCAUCUCCGACAAUUAACACCACCACCGCCACCACCACCACCACCAACACCGCCACCAGUAAGAAGGAAGAUAAGAAAGAAAAAGGGAAGACGAAAACGUAA